CAGUCAAGUUGACCAUUGGAGGCAGGAGUAUAUGAACGUGUGUGUCCAGUGGCAUCAUGGAGGCUCCAUGGGGCUGGCUGGUGGUCGGUGUGCUGGCCAUGUCCGUGGCCUCUACAGUGAGCCAGAACGUGUGCCGAGCACCAGAUGGGAGAGACGGGGCUGCAGGACCACCUGGACGACCCGGGAGGCCAGGCCUCAAGGGAGAACAAGGGGAGCCAGGAGCCAUUGGCAUCCGGACAGGCAUCCGAGGCCUUAAAGGAGACCAGGGGGACCCUGGCCCCUCUGGAAAUCCUGGCAAAAUGGGCUUCCCUGGGCCCAGUGGUCCCCUGGGUGCCCCGGGCAUUCAAGGAUUGAAGGGCAGCAAGGGCAGCCAGGGAAAUAUCAAUGACCAGCCUCGACCAGCCUUCUCAGCCAUAAGGCGGAAUCCACCGAUGGGCGGCAACGUGGUCAUCUUCGACAUGGUCAUCACCAACGAGGAAGGCCGCUAUCACAGCCACUCGGGCCGGUUCAUCUGCGCUGUGCCAGGCUACUACUAUUUCACCUUCCAGGUGGUGUCCAAGUGGGACAUCUGCCUGUCCAUCAUGUCCUCCAGGAAGGGCCAGUUCCCACGCGCCUUGGGCUUUUGUGACGCCAACAGCAAGGGAAACUUCCAGGUGGUAUCUGGGGGCACGGUGCUCCAGCUCCAGCAGGGAGACCAGGUCUGGAUCGAAAAGGACCCCGCCAAGGGCCGCAUUUACCAGGGUUCUGAGGCGGACAGCGUCUUCAGCGGCUUCCUCAUCUUCCCAUCCACCUGAGCCAGGGAGGACCCCCUCCCCACCCUUGCCUCAUCUGCUUCCUGCUGUGUGACCCAAGCCUACUCAUUCCACCUCUCUGGUGUGUCUGCUCUGCUCUGUAACGUGGGGGUGCUGCUCUUUUAGCUGAAGAGAGAUCAUUCCCUAGGACUCUUCCUGGAAUAAAUAUCUGAGUCCAUGUCUGCUGGCUCGAGAUUCCGUUGCUACGCUGAGCAUUGGAAGGGAGGCAUAAGAACGACAACAAUUA